AUGCUUCAAUCUUCCCUCGUUUUGGCCCUGGCUGGCCUUGCCUCUUUCUCUACUGCUGCUCCAACGGCCUUCAAGCGUGGUGCUGGCAAGCGUGGUCUUGGUUUCGCGAAGAAUGCCCAGGAUAAGGCUAACAUGUUCACUGGCUCCGGUCAGGUGACUUGGGCCUAUGACUGGGAAGCUCGCGCUACUGAUGCCCCAGGAUUUGGCGUCCCCGGUGUGGAAUUCGUUCCUAUGUUGCACGAUGGUGGCGACAUGUUCGCGGGUGCUUUCCCCAGCGACUGCCAGGGUGCCCUUGAUGCCGGUGCUAAGCACAUCUUGAGCAUCAACGAGCCCGACAUCUGCGGCAACGGCGGAACCUGCAUGAGCGUCGACGACACCGUGAAGGCCCACAGGAACCUGGUCCAGCCUUUCGCCGAUUCCCACCCCGACGUCACCAUCGUCUCCCCGGCCUACAGCAACGCCGGUGUCGACGCCAUGAACCAGUUCCUUGGCGCCUGCACUGGCUGCAGGAUCGACCACAUCGCCACUCACUGGUAUGGCCCUGAUGACGUUGAAGCCUUCAAGGCCCACGUCAGCAACGUCCACGACAUCACCCAGAAGCCCAUCUGGGUCACCGAGUUCCAGGCUCAGUCCGGUGAUACUGAGAAGUUCAUGCGUGAUGCCAUCACUUGGCUCGACAACCAGGACUGGGUCUACCGCUACGCUUACUUCUCGGUUGAGGCUUCCAUGACCAACGGCAUGUCGCUCAACAACUUGGGCAACAUCUUCUCCCAGUAA